AGGGGCGCAGCCGCGCGGCGCCCGGCGGCCCUGAGGAGCGCUAAGAUGGCGGCUGCGCGGUGGCUCGGCGCGGUUGCGGCGCUGGGCGGCCGGUUCUGUCAUAUGAUGUUAAAAGACCAUAAUUUGACAACCAAACAGUCUUUCCAUUACCUUGUACAAAAGAAACCAUUUCUCCCAUCUGUGGUAUUGCGUAAUACAGUAAGAUGCAUGUUUAUUCAGACUCAGGACACACCAAAUCCAAAUAGUUUAAAGUUUAUUCCAGGGAAAGAAGUACUGGAGUCAAGGACUAUGGAGUUUUCCUCACCAGCUGCUGCAUUUUGCUCACCUUUAGCAAGACAGUUAUUCCGAAUUGAAGGAGUUAAAAGUGUUUUCUUUGGGCCAGACUUCAUCACAGUCACAAAGGAGAGUGAAGACCUUGAUUGGAACUUGCUGAAACCAGACAUUUAUGCAACUAUAAUGGAUUUUUUUGCCUCUGGUUUACCUGUAGUUACUGAAGAGGCACCUAGGACAGAUACAGCUCCAUCAGAAGAAGAUGAUGAAGUUGUAUUGAUGAUUAAAGAACUGCUGGACACAAGAAUAAGACCAACAGUGCAAGAAGAUGGCGGUGAUGUUAUUUAUAAAGGCUUUGAAGAUGGGAUAGUGCAGCUGAAGUUGCAGGGAUCGUGCACUAGCUGUCCCAGUUCGAUCAUAACCCUGAAGAAUGGAAUACAAAACAUGCUGCAGUUCUACAUCCCUGAAGUGGAAGGUGUGGAACAGGUUGUUGACGACGACGAUGACGUGGAGAAAGAAGCAAAUUCUACUUGAGCUAUCAUCUAUGGCCAAAUAAGUAUUUACCUCUUGCUGUAUGUAAAUUAGCCAUGUGCUGAGAAACAACCAAAUUUGCCUUUCUUUUCAGAAAAAAUCUUGCACUUUUUCCUGUGAAAAUGUUUCUUCAGUUUAAGCAGUUUGUCCACUAAUUUAUUAAAUCUCCUGCACUGAGAAAAGAAUCCUUUUGGUCUAUGUGUAACUGCUUUGCACUGUAUUUUAAGAAACAAAUGACAGGUAUUUAAAAAUGGUGAUGUAUGUCUCCAUUGUUCUUUCAUACAAAAAAUUCAAAAAUAAAAAGGAGGGGAACAGAA